GAUGGCUGGCGUUCACGCGCCGCACGUGUAACGGAAGCUCCGAUUGCGACGCAUGCGGGAAAAGGGCGUCUUCUUCUUCUUCCCUCCAUAUUGCGCGGCUACAAAAGAGGAGCUUGAGAUCCCCUCGCCCACACAAAGCUCCUAUAAACCGCCCAUCCAGCGUGCACAAAACCAGCACCAUCCUCUUUAAAUUUAGCCUCUGGUUUCUGCAUUCUGAUUCGGAGCUAAAUCCAUCUUCCCGUCUCGGAGAAAGGGGCAAUUUGAGGUCUGGUGUGGAGAGCAUCGAGAUCGGCCGACGACAUAAAUGACUAUAGGCUUACGGGAGCUAUUCAGAUUUCUGGGGGCGUCAAAUCUCAUUCUGGAUGCGGGAACUCGUUUCCUAUCCUUCAUCACUUUGCUUUCUUCCCCUUCACCGGAAUACGGCGGAAACUUGACUCUUAGGAGCUCGGCAUAGCGAUAAUGGCAGUUCUAGAAGUUAAUGGCAUCCCUCUUAAGAAUAAGGAAAUUGCCAUGUAUAACACAACUUGUGUAGAUGAAAAGGGAAUCUCUCCCAUCACUGAGGAUGGCUCGGUGGACAGAAAGGGAAGACCCGCAGUCAAAUCAAAAACCGGAAAAUGGAAAUCUACACUUCUUUUACUAGUGAACUAUGGUCUUGUCACAUUUGCAUUUUUUGGACUUGGGGUUAAUCUGGUUCUCUUCCUAACAAGAGUAAUGCAGCAAGAAAAUGCAGAUGCAGCAAAUAAUGUUAGCAAAUGGACCGGCACAGUUUACAUAUUCUCACUCAUUGGUGCCUUCUUGAGUGAUUCCUAUUGGGGCCGUUACUUAACCUGCGCCAUGUUUCAGUUAAUCUUUAUCUUGGGACUCGCCCUUUUAUCUCUUUCAUCUUGGAUUUUAUUGGUGAAACCUUCUGGAUGCGGCGAUGGGAAACUACAAUGCGAACCAAUUUCAGCCGUUGGAACUGUCAUGUUCUAUAUAUCAAUCUAUCUAAUUGCAUUUGGUAAUGGAGGAUAUCAGCCUACGAUAGCUUCGUUUGGACCCGACCAGUAUGACGAGAGGGACCCUUCGGAAUCUAGUUCAAAGGCAACCUUUUUCAGCUACUUCUAUGUUGCUCUUAAUGUAGGCUCUCUCUUCUCAAACACAAUCUUGGUGUACUAUGAGGACUCUGGACAAUGGGUUAUUGGAUUCUGGACAUCAACUGCUGCAGCUGUUAUUGCUUUUCUUUUUUUCUUACUGGGAACUCCAAGAUACAGGCAUUUCAAGGCAUCAGGCAACCCCUUGUCUCGCAUUGCACAAGUUUUCGUCGCUGCUGCCCGAAAGUGGAAAGUUAAUGUCCCUGAUAAUGAUGCCCUGCUUUAUGAAGUGAAAGGAAAGGAAUCCGCCAUUGCUGGUAGCAGAAAGAUCUCCCACAGCUAUGCGUUUCGGUUCUUGGACAAGGCUGCAACUGUGACAACUGAUGCAUCCUCUGUGUGGCAAGAAGCCAAGAGUCCAUGGAAGCUGUGUACUGUAACUCAGGUUGAGGAGGUUAAAUGUGUGCUAAAGUUGCUUCCCAUCUGGCUCUGCACCAUAAUUUACUCAGUUGUCUUCACCCAGAUGGCCUCCCUCUUCGUCGAGCAAGGCACGAUGAUGAACAGGCGCCUUGGUUCAUUCAGCAUCCCUCCUGCCAGCAUGUCAGCCUUUGACAUCAUCAGUGUCAUAUUUUUCAUCUGUAUCUAUCGUCAGAUUCUUAUGCCGGUGGUAGUAAAGUUUACAAACAAUCCCGAUGGGCUAACCGAACUCCAGCGGAUGGGUGUCGGGCUCGUGAUCGGUAUGCUAGCAAUGAUUGCUGCUGGAGUCACUGAGCUAGCCAGGCUGAAGAAUGUUACAGAACCAGAUCAGGAGAGCUCACUCACAAUCCUAUGGCAAAUUCCUCAGUAUUCCCUCAUUGGAGCUUCAGAGGUGUUUAUGUAUGUCGGGCAACUCAAGUUUUUUAACGGGCAAGCCCCUGAUGGCAUCAAGAGCUUUGGGAGCUCCCUCAACAUGGCUUCCAUCUCACUCGGCAACUAUACAAGCAUCAUACUGGUUAGUGUUGUGAUGGCUGCCACGGCGAAAGGAGAGACUCCAGGAUGGAUCCCGAGUAACCUCAACGCCGGUCACCUCGACAGGUUCUUCUUCAUGCUCGCAGCAUUAACGGCCGUGGAUUUGGUCUUUUAUGUGCUCUGCGCAAGGUGGUAUAAGGGCAUUCGGAUUGAGAGCGACAUUGAUGAGGAAGGGAUUGCUUCAAUGUCUUAGUUAUUGGAGGAAAGAAGGUUUGAUUCCUCCUUUGAAUGACAAGAGUGGUUUUUUUUUUGUGCUAGAAGUUGAGUUUAGUGUUCUUAUAAAUUAUUUUGAGAUGUCUGUUCCUUCUUCUCAGAUUUAAAGUAAUAUUUUUAUGCCAAGUAAUGAAAUAAAACUUAGAACCCAAAAGUUUCAUGGUGUUGUUUUAAUCAUUAUGCACCCUUCAUAUUUGGUUGGAUGUUCACUGUUCAGCUUUG